AUGUCUGACGACAGUAUCGAGGGUACCGAUCAAGAAAUGUACAGUAGAGAUGAAUCAUAUGAUGUAAAUGAAUAUGAAUCUACAACCCCAAGUGUAAACCCGGUAGGUAACCAACCACCGAAUACUAGAAGAGAUAAUACAGAAAUAUUUAGAAUGAUUGCUAAAGCUCUUCAAAGAGCAAUAGGAAGUAUGCUUGCUACUACUUCUACCCUCUCUACUCGAAGAGCCCCUAUUAAGGAAUUGCGAAAGUAUAGAGCUAUAGAAUUUAUGGGAUCAAAAGGAACUGAUUCAAAAACAGUUGAAAAUUGGUUAGGGACUACCAAGAGAAUUUUUAAACAAUUAGAAUGCACCUCACAGGAAAGUUUAAUAUGUGUUGUUUAUCUGUUACAAGAUGAGGCUUAUAUAUGGUGGGAAUCAGUGAUUCAGAAUAUAUCAGAAGAACAAGUAAACUGGGAAUUCUUUCAACGGGAAUUUCAAAAGAAGUAUUUGGGAGAGACAUAUAUUAAAGACCGGAAACAUGAGUUUUUAAUGUUGAAGCAGAAAGAUAUAUAUGCAACUGAAUUUGUACCGACUGAAGCUAACAGAUGCAAGCGAUUUCUAAGAGGAUUGCAAGAUGAAUUCCAACUGCAAUUGAUGCCUCUACGAAUUACAGAGUUUGCAGAUUUAGUAGAAAGAGCUAAAAUGAUUGAGCAAGUACCGGGGAAGAGUAAAAACUCUGAAACUGUCUGUUCAGCUGGAAAACAUCCUAGAACUACUAGUUCAAGUCUGCAUCCAAACGAUCGAGGAAAUUUCAUGGUAGUGGAAGAUUUAGUUCAAGAUCAAAAAGAGGAAGCAGAAGUCGAAAGAGACAAACUACUGUAUCUACUAGCAGUAUCAGAAGCCUAG